CACUCUCUGUGCGACACCUAAAUGUGCGAAGCCUAAAAGUUUGCCAUCUCUCCCUCUAAUUUUCUUCCCUAUCUCCAGCACACUAACCACAACGCGCAACCCUUGGAGCCACAGCACAUCCAACAGACGUCUUUUAAUCUGCGCACUUGACACCAUGUCACCUGCUUCCGCGUUCACCAACGGAUUCUCAUCCAACGAGUCCUCAACCGUGAUGAACGGGACAAUUGCCCAUCUUAGCCUACUGAAUGGCGUCAACGGUAACGGAGGCCUGAUCAACGACAGCUCCUCAACCUUGCUCGAGGCUCGAGUCGAGCAAGUCGUCCGGCAUGACAUCGAGAAAACAGAACUGCUCCGGGAACUCCUUCUGCGCUACCAAUUUCUUAGCGAGCAGUACAAAACCGAGCUAGAGCAAAAUGCACGCGAGCGCCAGAGUUACCGCGAAUUUCAUCACAAAUUUGAACAGCUGAAGCAACAUAACCAGGCUUUAAGUCACUGUGUUGAUCGCGACCCUUUCGUUCUCGUUUUGAUCGACGGCGACGGAAUGAUUUUCCUGGACGAAUUCAUUCGAGCUGGUGAAGCUGGCGGACGACAGGCCGCGGCAAAGCUCUACUCUUCCAUCACACAAUACGUCCAGCGAGAGCUACAAAAUGUCCCCACCGAAUUCAGGGUCGUUUGUCGAAUUUACGCUAACGUGAGUGGCCUUGCUGAAGUCCUCGUCCGAUGCGGUGUCAUUGAGGAGGUUUCACCGUACCAUAGCUUUGCGCUCGGGUUCACUCGUGGCAAGACACUCUUUGAUUUUGUGGACGUAGGACCAGGGAAAGAUCGAGCUGAUGAAAAACUGAUUGGAACUUUCAAGCUUUAUGUUAAUGAUUUUCACUGUCGCCACAUCUUUUUCGGUUGCUCCCACGAUAAUGGAUACGCACGUGUCCUUGAAGACCUUUGUACGGAAGAGCACUACCUAGAGAAAAUUACCCUUAUGGAAGGGGUCCCGUUCGAGAAAGAGCUACUCAUGUUACCGUUCAAGACGAAGAAGUUCCCCGGCAUAUUUCGCGACUUCAAGCUUCAGCUCUGGGGCGCCCUUCCAACCAUGGCUCCAGGCACCAACGGUUACCCGCCGACGAGUGCCAAGGUUUAUCCGGCAUUUGCUGGACUUCCGUCUCGAUUCCCGGCACCUAUUCGACAGAGUAGUGCACCCCAGACUCCGACGAUGGGACGCAUUGCGCCAAGCUUACAACACACCCCUUCUAGCUCUACGCUCGGCGAGAAUGAUGCAGGCAUCGAAUCAAAGAAUAUUCCGGUAAUGAACUGGGCUGCCAAAGCCGCUGCGCCACCACCUCCAACUGCGGAAUCUCCGGUAUAUAAACCUACCAACCGCGAGGAGGUCAUCGCUCGCAAUCGUUCUGGCCAACGAGUUGACCCUCCAUGCCGAGACUAUGACAAGGCCGAAGUGGACAGGGUGAAGAAGAUAAAACUGUGCAAUGUCCAUUUUCUCCGGCGGGAGUGUCCAUACGGUACCAAUUGCACUCAUAAGCACGAUUAUUGUCCUUCAAAUGCUGAGAUUGCCGUCCUACGGCUGGUUGCGCGGAUGGCCCCCUGCAUAAAUGGUAGUGCUUGUCAAGACGUUAAGUGCAUUUAUGGUCAUCGUUGUCCUGCCCCGGAAGCUAAGAACCCUGUUAAAGGCGCAAAAACCUGCAUCUUCGGCAGCGAAUGCAAGUUCCCGGUUGAGCUACAUAACCUUGAUUGCAACGUUGUUAAGACGUUAGUAAUUCGUUGAUUACUAAGGUUUUAUAAUAUUUCAGCGGUCUCGUUGACGGGACAGCAGAGACGAUUGAACUUCGACGCGAGGACUAGUUCCCCUGGCUCUUUAAAGACACUCUCCCUUCUAACGGCAACGUUUCCUGGGCUUCUAUUGACGAUGGGAGGACGUCGAUUCUGACUCUUACCAUCGCUCAUCUGUAAAACAUAGCAAGGUCUUGCUGCAUGGCAAUGGCGACGGUAAAUGGAU